AUAGUGUGGUAAGAUGCAGUUUUGCCUGAAUACCUUGCCAGUCAGAAACCAUUCUGUUUCUCCAUUUUCUAUUCAAAUUUUUAUACAUGUUAUAUUUGUAGCUAUGUUUUUUAAAUAUGGUAGGCCAUCUUGAGUCCCAGGCUGGGAAAAGUUGGGACAACAACAACAGUAGUAAUAAUAAUACACUUGAAGAUUGGAUAAUUGGGAUAUUUUAUAGCCUUUGUUGCUGGGCAUAGGCAAGAUGCUUCAUUAUCUCCUAAUGUUUCUCAUUGGAAUGAGGAAUGCAUGCAGAGAAAUACUUGCCAUUCCUUCAUGUUCAGUGGAAGGCAAGAUUGCUUACUAUGAUCAUUGCAACCUCACUCAAGUUCCACCUGUACCUGAAGACAUUGUUUUCUUCUCCCUAAACUACAACUCGAUCCAGGAAGUGAAUGCCACCUCAUUCCCACUGCUGAAGGAACUGGUGUAUUUGUUGCUUGGAACACAGUUUAUUUUUCCUGUAACUAUAAGAAGAGAAGCAUUUAGAAACUUGCCAAAUCUUCAGCAACUAGAUUUAGGUGGAAACAAAAUGACUGUCCUGGACACAGGUGCCUUCCUGGGCCUGUUCAAUUUAAAUAAACUUUUGUUAUACUACAAUGAGCUUAAUGAAUCAAUUCUGGAAGAGGAUUACUUUCAAGAUUUGAUUUCUUUAGAAUAUCUAGAUCUUCAGUUCAAUAAAAUUGCAAGGCUUCACCCUCAUCCAUUAUUUUACAAUAUGAAAUCCUUGAACAUUCUGAUGUUGCAGCUAAACCAAAUUAGGACUAUCUGUGAAGGAGAUCUUGAUAGCUUUCAAGGAAAAGCUUUCAAACUGUUUAGUGUUACUUCUAAUAGGUUGUACAAAGACAGUUCUGUGAACUGGACAGCUUGUGGGAAUCCUUUCAAAAAUAUUAUUAUAGAAACAUUGGAUGUUGGCAGUAAUGGUUGGAAUGUGGCCACUACACAGCAAUUCUGUACAGCUGUCCAGGGAACUCGCAUUGUGGCCUUGAAACUCUCACACCACACUAUGGGCUCAUCAUUUGGAUAUGCUAACCUCCGGAAUCCAGACAGUGAUACAUUUGUAGGUCUUGCUAAAAGCAGCCUCCAAUUACUUGAUCUUUCACAUGGCUAUAUUUUCCCUCUCAACUCAUAUGUAUUUCAGCACCUUGGUGAUUUGGGAGUGCUUGAUCUUAACAGUAACAAGAUAAAUCAAAUUGGAAAAGGAGCAUUUUAUGGCCUUAGGAGCUUACAACUGCUAAACCUAUCAUACAAUCUUUUGGGUGAACUCCUCGAUUACACUUUUGAAGGACUUCAUAAUGUCAUUUCUAUAGAUCUACAAAAUAAUCAUAUUGGGGUGUUUGGUGAGAAUCCCUUCAAACAUGUACCAAAACUUCAGGAGGUAAAUCUUAGGGAUAAUGCCCUAAAAAUAAUUCCAUCAUUCCCAAAUCCCCUCUCUGUUUUUUUAGGAGGAAACAAUCGGCUACAAUCAAAUGAUGUCAACCAAGUAAAUUCUAUAUUUCUUGAUUUGGAAGGAAACAGGUUGGACAAUUUGGGUUACCUUUACAAGCUUCUCCAAAUUCCAGUUUUGCAGUAUAUCCUUUUGAAAAAUAAUCGUUUUUCUUAUUGCUACAAAUAUAAUGAUGUAGCAGAAAACAACCAGCUAAUCUACUUGGAUCUUGGUGAAAAUAUGUUACAAAUUAUAUGGGAGAGAAGAGCAUGCUUGGAUGUAUUCAAGAAACUUUCCAAACUUCAAGUUCUCCAUCUCAAUAAUAAUUACCUUAGUUUCCUUCCAGAAGGUAUCUUUAGUGGCCUAGUAUCACUGAAUAAACUUAACUUAGCGUCUAACCUGUUGACUUACAUUUCUCACAAUACCUUCCCUAAAAGUCUGCGGACACUUCAGUUAUCAUCAAACCAACUUCUUUACCCAGAUCCUCAGAUUUUUGCAGCCCUAGACCAUUUGGAUAUCACCUAUAAUAGAUUUUUCUGUGAUUGCCUCUUAAGCAACCUGAUUGGGUGGCUGAAUGAAACCAAUGUCACUUUAGCUGGAUCACCAAAUGACAUGUUUUGUUUUGGACCCCGUGAUCUUGCUGGUGUUCCACUUCACGAAUUAAAUGUUGAUGUUUGCAAUGAAGACAAGAUCUUGGAGUCUCUACAGUUGUCACUUUUCAUUUCCACCUGUGUUGUUUUGACAGUGUUCCUAGCUGCAGUGAUAGUUUUCACUCGUUUUAGGGGAACUUGUUUUGUCUGGUACAAGACCUUUACAAGAACUUUGAUGAAGGAGCGCCAGACAGACUUGGGUAAGAAAAAGUAUAAAUAUGAUGCCUAUGUAUGCUAUAGCAACAAGGACUUUGAGUGGGUUCAAAAUGCUGUGAUAAAACACCUUGACUCCCAAUAUUCUGAGAAAAACAGAUUUUCUCUUUGCUUUGAAGACAGAGAUUUCCUUCCAGGAGAGGAUCACAUCAGCAACAUCCGUGAUGCCAUUUGGAAUUGUCGGAAAACUAUUUGUGUUGUGACAAAGCAGUUUCUCAAGGAUGGCUGGUGUGUAGAAGCAUUUAAUUUUGCCCAAAGUAGGUAUUUUUGUGACCUGAAGGAAGUCCUCAUUAUGGUGGUAGCUGGAUCACUUUCUCAGUAUCAGCUUAUGAAAUAUCAGCCAAUCAGAGCCUUUUUGCAAAGAGGUCAAUACUUAAGGUGGCCUGAAGAGGAGCAAGAUGUGGAAUGGUUUUUAAAUGCGCUUUCUCACCAGAUACUAAAGGAGAAGAGAAUUAAAACAAAACCAAGCACUUUGGAACUGAAAGUAGUAACAACCUCUUAGCUGGCUAGCUGCCAUUUCACUUUCAUGAAGGGAGUCCUCCAAAGAGUGUCAUUCAGUUCUUAAAAUAUACUGAGUCUCUCUAUAUGGGCAUGGCAAAAACCAGCUUUGAAAAUUGCAGUAAGAAUACCGCAUUGAUCUUGAUGUCGUUUGUCUUCACUGCCAAAUGUAAGAUUAUAAACCCAGGUCUUGCAUGAUGGAAGUGGCCCAGCAAAGAUCACCAUGCUGCUCUGGAGGGCUCUUGCAUACAGAUGUGUGGCAGCUCAAAAGAUUUUUACAGUCACAGCUAUGUAAGCACUUGUUGGUUUAAGGUGGGAGUGGGUAUUCUGUGGCCCUCUAGAUGUUGUUGAACUACAGCUUUCAUCAGUCCUUGACAGCAGAUCCAAUAAUGAGAGAUUAUAAGGCUGUGGUCUGGAAACAUCUGGAGGGUUACAAGUUGUCCAACUGUGGUUUUAAAGUCACUGGGUUUUUUAAUCCAAAAAUUAAAAUAAAACAUACAUUAUUUUUUCUGCAGACUUAAAAACAUGUUGACAAUCUGUAGCCCUGAUAUGAAACAUGAGAUAUAUAUAUGUUUCCACUGAAGCCCUUUUUCUGCAUUAAACACAGCUGGCUAUUACUGAACAUGCUUCUAUAUCAAUAUUUGGCUUGGGUCCAGACUAUCUGAAAGACCAUUAUUUCCCCAUACAAAUCUGCCAGAUCUUUAAGAUCAUCAGGUCAGGGCUUCUCUUGGUCCCACCAUCACCAGAGGCUUGCUUGGUGAGGACACCAGUGAAGGCCUUCUCAGUAGGUGAUCCUAUCCUCUGGAACAUUUAUAUACGGUGAGCUAAACUGGUCCCCUUCCCAGUAGUGUCACGAGGGAUGGUGUCACCUGGUGCAGUAACUCUAGGUGCCACAUCCCCCGUGACCUCCUCCCAGACCACAUCAUAAAGAAUCCUUAGCAUUCUUGUGAGGAGGUCAAAGGGGGGGGGGGGUGACACCAUGAGUUACCACACUGGAUGACACCAACCCUAGUGAUGCCCUGGGGCAGCUUGCAUAUCUUUGCAUAGCCAUGUUGUAUCAUCCAAAAUCAAUAUUGGGGUCAACCACAAUCUUAGUAUUCUGUAUCCUUAGUAAUGUUUUUUGUAGUACAGUUACUCAUAAAUCACAAUUCCCACAUAUCACUGCACGUCAUGGCAAUAGUUGUGACAUAACCAACUAGCAAAAUUAAAAUUAGACCUUUAAAUUGCAAUAGUGUAUGCAUAUCUUAAAUGCAAUUACAUGUACAUCGUUGUAUGUGGUUAAAGUGAAAAUUUGGUAAGAUGUGAUGUUUUUAAAGAAAAAAUUUAAAGUAAUACAUUUUUUAAAAAAAAUUAACAUUUUUAAUUUUUUUAAAAUUUUAAAUUGAAAAAAACCUGUGGCCUUUCCUUUGUUUUCCCACUGAGCCUCCCCUCACUCACACUAUCUCUUCAGAAUUUUAGAGGGACACAGGCAAAUCCCAAAAGGAGCAGUGGUGUCACUCCCCCUUAGGGGGUAGCCUGGUGCAUUCUGCAGCCCCUGCAGCCCUACUUUCCUUUCACCCGCAGGCAAAGAUGUUUUUGUCUGAGCAGGCUUUUAAUAUAUAAUCACUGCCAGAUGAGGCUUCUUAUUGAGGUACGUGUUAUGUUUAUUUAUGCUUUUAACAUUUGUAUUUUUAACAUAAUUUUAUACUGCUUUAAUGAGGUGGUCUUAAAUUGUUGUUUUUUUUAAUUAUUGUUAAGUUUUUAAUUAAUUUGAUCUGUGAGCCCCCUGUGGGAGAAAGGUGGCAUAUAAGAAAAAUAAAGAAAUAAAUAGAUAUUUUCAAAACUAGCUGAGCAGUUCUCUCACCAUCAGGAUUUUAUUAUUCAUUAGAAGACUAUAUCCCUGUUUGGUCCUUUAUUUCACAUGGGUGGGGGGAUAUCCAGCUCCAGUCCAUCAAUUAUGUAUUUUCAUUGGGAUGUGUGUAGGAAGUUUGCACAUAUGUGGGGGCUCUCAACAGAUGUGCUAAUUAAUACACUAGAAAUCAGGAGGGAGGAGGCCUCCCACCACUGCUAUUAUGUUCUUUCUUCAUGAAUACAGAACUGGCAAUGGGGGGGGGGGGGGGGGGGCUCUUAUAUGUUAACUACCUCAGGGAUAGCUGGCUUAUUGCCUUGGUCUAACAAAACGGGGGAGAUUAUCGUAUGCCUGCAUCUAUCACGGCACAGAUUUGGCAUGCAAUGAUCUCCUAAGUCUAGCAUCUCUUUGAUUGUGUUGCACAAAAUGUUAAGUUGAUUGAAACAUAGUCAUUAUCCAACUGCUAGUCCCACCUCAUUAAAUCAAUGGAAACUUGGUAAGUCAACAACAUGCAUGUAUGUUCCAUGGAUUCAAUGGGUGUAUUAUAAUUGGGAUUAAUAAUUGUAUUUAGACAAUAUAAUGUUUUUGCAAUACGCAGGUUACAGCAGUUUGAUUGCACUGGCUGCAGCCUAUAGAAUCCUGGGAUCUGUGGUCUGGUGAGUGACUUUGAAUGCUCUGUUAGAGAGCUCAAGUGCUUUAGUACACAAGAGUGUCUUAGAACUCACUAGUGAAGAAUUCUAAGUAGCUCACCAAACGACAGAUCUCAGAAUUCUCUAGGAAGAAGCCAUGACAGUUAAAGUGGGGUCAAACCUCUGUAACCUUGUAGUGCAGAUGCAACUUGUGCUGUCCAUUUGAAUGUAUUUUGAACUACCUCCAGGUCUGAAGGAUUUUACAUAAAAGUAAAUAUCCAGUUUUCAAGGUACCAGGUAAUGCUACACGUAUCUGAAUAAGUGUCAGCGUUUUGUGUUGUGAGAUCAGGACAGAACUCUUCUGCUUAAUGUGAAGUUUAAAAUCAGUUAUUAUAAAUGACUAUGUUUAAGGAAUUCUAGAGUUGCUCAUGUAGUUCUAUGUGAUUCAUUAAUGUCCUUUGCUGUUUCCAAGAAAAUGGGAGUUCAAAGUAUCAGUUAUCAGCCUUGUUUUAAACCAUUUACAAUAUGUUGACUAGGAAUUUCACCCAGAUGUUAAGCAAGAGAUAAAGUCCAAACGCCAUGCACAAGGUGGAUGCUUCAUCUUGUGUAGCCUGCAUAGAAACUAUGUAGGCUGGCAAUGGAAGAAAGCAACAUCCUUUUCUUCACUAUCAGUGCCGUAUGUCAUUGUACUAGAUAUGUAAUAAUUGAACUUUCUACAUAUUUGACACAGAAACAUAGUGGUAACAGCUCCAAACCUGAUGGAAAUGCCACUGACUCAUGCUCCGACUGCUAGCAGAUUGGACCCCCUUUUUCCCCAUGCAGCUGAUGCCUGGUAAAGUUGGGGAGGGUGGUAAAAUCAUGGCAAUGGUGUCACAGUUGUGACUAAGUAGCAAUUGUUAAUACAGAACACUUAUGGAUGCGUAAAUCUAGGCAACAAGUCCAUAUUUACAAUCACUGCUUAGUCAUGAUUGUGAGACUAUUGCCACAAACAUCAGCUUGAUCUGAGCAUCCAUCAGGGAUUUUUUGGCAGAUGGACCAAGACAGGUUGCCUAGGUUACUGCAUUAUCUACUUAACUAAGUAGCUGAUACAGAAUACUGGCCCAGAUGUUUAUGCUGCAGUACAUCUGAGGCCAAUAUUAGAUAUGAAUGGGGAAGAAUUGUAGAAUUGUGUAAGACCUUACACAAGUAAACAUCGUUGAUGACUGAAAUGUCAUUUAACCCAAUAUCACCGGAUAUAUAAAUAAAUAAUUGUUUAUCAGACUUUAAUUCCAGCUGGUAAUUUCUAAAUGGUGUCCUCCUGCUGUUUUUGCUAUUCAAAAAUGGAUGCAGCUCUUGGAAAUUACAGGAAUAAUGUGAAGUAUCAGGAUCGUUGCAGAAAUGAAAGGGGGCUAGUUGCUGUUGUUUUAAAAACCAGUCUCAAAAAAAUUGUAUUAUUUUGAGUGGAAAAUUUUUAUAUUGUAAUACAGGGGCUCUGUCUUGUGUAUUCACUUGUGACCAUGUAUAUUCUGUAUAUUUUAUUGUGACCUGACUUGUAUAUUUUAUAAUUAAAUAAGUAUUGUAACUGCUUCUGAACAUUAAUGUGAAAGAAAAGCCCAUUUUCCCUGGGAAUGGUAUACUGUAUUUUGAUAGCUUAAGAAUUUCAAUGUUGUGUUGUGGUGUUAUCUGGGUUUUUUUUUUACAAGAAAAGUAAAAAUCCUAUGACUUUCUUUCAAAUGACUAAUAAAGGUAUAAAUCCAUUAAAAAUGGAAAAUAUAAAUAUAUGUGUAUAUUUCUUAAUAUGCAGUCACUCAAUAAAGCAAUAAGUGACUGACUUGGGAACUGGUUUCCUCUGUUAUAACAGAACAAUAUUAUAUUAACUGGACUACAACUGAUUCUUUUAAGUGAAAGUUAUAAAAAAAACCUAGAAAGUGACAUUAUAAUUGCUAUCCUC